CAAUUGUUUCGGAUUAAAAAAAUCAAACAGAGGUGGUACCUCUCUCUGUACUCUCUCCUCUGCUCUCCACUUCUCAGUAGGGUUUCUCUCUCUCGCUUCGCUUCGCUUCGCUUUCUCUCACCACAAACAACCAUUUCUCUCUCAGUAGAAGAAGAGAAAAAGUGAGUGAGAAAUGGACGCGUACGCGCUGCAUUUGGCGAUGGCGGCGCUGGUGGGAGCAUCGGUGGUGGCGGUUUCGGCCUAUUACAUGCACAGGAAAACCCUAACUCAGUUGCUUGACUUCGCGAAAACGGUGGAGAAAGACAGGGACGAUAACUCGGACCUCGACUCGCCGCAGGCGACUCAGCAUUUGAAGAAGCGCCGGAGCCACGCGCGACGCAAGGGAAAUAGUUACGGUCACUAUCGCCGCGCCUCGGCUUCUCUUCCCGACGUCACGGCGAUCUCCAGCGGAGGAGGCGGGGCUGGAAUCGACGGCGAUGAUAGGCGGACCAACGGUCCUAUCCACAUGGACGGGAUUCCCGCAGGGUUGCCGAGGCUCCACACGCUGCCAGAAGGGAAAUCUGCUGGGCAUGUAAGUUCAACCAAGAGAACCGGUUCUUUUAUCAGACCAACUUCUCCCAAGUCUCCUGUUGCAAGUGCUAGUGCCUUCGAGAGUGUAGAUGGAUCAGAGGAUGAAGAUAACCUGACUGACAAUGCUAAACUAGAUACUACAUAUCUGCACACUAAUGGAAAUGCUGGGCCAGAGUGUAAAAAUCUAUAUGAGAAUUUACCAGACCACGUUAAGGCCAGUGGAGAACAGAAGCCUAUAGUUGCUUCUAGUAUGAUUCGUUCCCAUAGUAUAUCUGGUGACUUGCACGGUGUUCAGCCCGACCCAAUUGCAGCUGAUAUUCUGAGAAAGGAGCCAGAACAAGAAAUUUUUGCUCGGCUUAAAAUAACACCUAGUGAGGUGCCAUCACCUGAUGAAGUGGAGGCCUACGUGGUUCUUCAAGAAUGCCUUGAAAUGCGAAAAAAAUAUGUAUUCAGUGAAUUAGUGGCUCCAUGGGUAAAAGAAGUUAUAUCUGAUCCCAGUACUCCAAAGCCUAAUCCUGAGCCGUUUUCUUAUAGUCCUGAGGGAAAUUCUGGUCAUUAUUUUGACAUGCAAGACGGGGUCAUUCAUGUCUAUGCAAAUAAGGAUUCUAAAGAAGAGCUUUUCCCUGUUGCUGAUGCAACAACCUUUUUCACUGAUCUGCAUCACAUACUUCGAGUUAUUGCAGCUGGGAAUAUUAGAACUCUAUGUCAUCAUCGGCUUAAUCUUCUGGAACAAAAAUUCAAUCUUCAUUUGAUGCUUAAUGCGGAUAGAGAAUUUCUUGCUCAGAAAAGUGCUCCACAUCGUGACUUCUAUAAUGUCAGGAAAGUUGAUACGCAUGUUCAUCACUCAGCAUGCAUGAACCAGAAGCAUCUUUUAAGGUUUAUAAAGUCAAAGCUGAGGAAAGAGCCUGAUGAGGUUGUAAUUUUUCGAGAUGGGACAUAUCUGACCUUGAAAGAAGUAUUUGAGAGCUUGGAUCUAACUGGGUAUGAUCUGAAUGUUGACCUUUUGGAUGUUCAUGCAGACAAGAGUACUUUUCAUCGCUUUGAUAAGUUCAAUCUUAAGUACAACCCCUGUGGUCAAAGUAGGCUCCGGGAGAUUUUCCUUAAGCAAGAUAAUCUUAUCCAAGGUCGUUUCCUUGGCGAGCUGACAAAGCAAGUGUUUUCUGAUCUCGAUGCGAGUAAAUAUCAGAUGGCUGAAUACAGAAUCUCAAUAUAUGGUAGGAAGCAAAGUGAGUGGGACCAAAUGGCUAGUUGGAUAGUGAAUAAUGAACUGUACAGUGAGAAUGUUGUUUGGUUGAUCCAGCUUCCACGUCUGUACAAUGUGUACAAGGAAAUGGGAAUUGUGACAUCAUUUCAGAACAUUCUUGACAAUAUCUUUAUUCCAUUAUUUGAGGUUACUGUGGAUCCAGAUUCACAUCCUCAGUUGCAUGUUUUCUUGAAACAGGUUGUGGGAUUGGAUUUGGUGGAUGAUGAAAGUAAGCCUGAAAGACGUCCCACAAAACACAUGCCCACACCUGCUCAAUGGACUAAUGUAUUCAAUCCAGCAUUUUCAUACUAUGUGUAUUACUGUUAUGCUAACCUAUACACACUAAACAAGCUUCGUGAAUCUAAAGGCAUGACGACAAUAAAAUUCCGUCCGCACUCUGGGGAGGCUGGUGACAUCGACCACCUUGCUGCAACCUUUCUUACAGCUCAUAAUAUUGCACAUGGAAUCAAUUUGAGAAAAUCGCCUGUACUACAAUAUCUGUAUUAUCUAGCACAGAUUGGUCUGGCUAUGUCUCCAUUGAGCAACAACUCGUUAUUUUUGGACUACCAUCGGAAUCCCUUUCCUACUUUUUUCUUACGGGGUCUCAAUGUUUCACUUUCAACUGAUGAUCCACUGCAAAUUCACUUAACAAAAGAACCUCUGGUGGAAGAAUAUAGCAUAGCUGCUUCAGUGUGGAAGCUCAGUUCAUGUGAUUUAUGUGAGAUCGCCCGUAAUUCAGUCUACCAAUCAGGUUUCUCACAUGCCCUCAAGUCACACUGGAUUGGGAAAGAAUACUACAAGAGAGGACCAAGUGGAAAUGACAUACAUAGAACUAAUGUGCCUCAUAUUCGGUUGGAAUUCCGUGAUACGAUCUGGAGAGACGAGAUGCGACAAGUUUAUCUGGGCAAGCCGAUUAUCCCUGAAGAAGUGGACAAGUGAUGUGCAAGGCAAAUGAACCUAAUCCAUCCUUGAAUAUCAAUAUGUUUUUAGAGGAGGCAAGGAACUUGCAUUACACUUGCUCAUCUGCAUAAAAGAGAAUACAUAUGAAACUGACGCUCUAGCUGAAAUUUGGCUUGGCACAAGUGGCAUGAUAACAGAAGUUAAACCUGGUCUGAAGAUGAGGUAGCAAUGCACAUCAUGGGUAUUGUAUUAUGGUCGAUCCGCAUUAUCUCAUGCAGAUUCUCAAUCUGGAAUAUAGCCUAUAGCAACAAGAUCUCAAUCUCUUCUCUGAGCAAAUAAUGGAAGUGGUUUUGUAGUAACAAUGGCAGAGUUUAGAACAAUAAUUAGAUACAUCUUAGGCCUUUUUUUUUUUUUUUGGCUGUUGCAGCAAAGUUAUAUGUAAAAUGCUAUCAUGUAAUGCUUACCCAUGGCAAGAAGGGAAAUUGGUCUCUUACUAA